AUGGGCAAACUUGAGAAAGAGGAUAUUCGGGUGAAGGAGUACUUGGAUUCAGUGGGAAGGGCAAAGUGGGCUAGGCUUUAUUGUCCAGUUAACCGAGCAUGGACAUUAACAUCAAAUAUUGCUGAGUCCAUUAAUGCAGAGGAACUCGUAUCUGCUAGAGAAUUACCAAUAUAUGAUUUUACGGAGGAAGUUAGGUUGAUGUAUGGACGAUGGAAUUGCACAAACCGACAAAAUGGUUCAUAUACAUUCACAACGCUUGGGAAAAAAUUUCAAGAAUUGUUGUCCAUUAAUGAGUAUAAAUCUACGUGCAUGAAGGUAAUUGCAUCAACAGAAUACUUGCACACGGUAAUUGAUGAAGGGAGGAGUUUCACUGCGUGUAUUGAAAAGAAAACUUGCAGUUGCAAAAUGUUCCAAGUCGAUGAGAUGCCGGCUAUAACUUUGGCUGUUCUUAAGAUGAAAAAUCUCCUUCACUCAAACUUGUACAAACCGGUGUGA